UAUGGCCGUCAAAACCUUCGAAAAUCGAAGAUGUAAAUAAUUGUCUUUUUUUGCUGUAAAAUGUGCAUUUGAAGGAUGAAUUUUUUGCGUAGAGGUUCCAGGAAGAGUCUGGUUAAAGAAGUACAUAUUACAUCGGCCGCAAACACUGAAAGCAAACGAGUGCUGAACGAUGGUGAUAUGUGUCAAUUGAACCUUCACCAACCUGAACCAACCCUACAAUGUGAUAAUAUCGAUUAUUUGAAAGAAUGCUUGAAGAAAGCAGAAAAAGAACUUCAAAGAUCAAAGGCAGAAAAUGAGAGACUGGAGAACGCUAGGAUUUCAAUAAAUGACAGCGCUGAAUACUUCGAGAGAAUGUGUAAUGAAAAAGAAGCAGAAAUCUUGUCACUUGCAACAGAGAAUGAAGUUCUUAAACUUCGAAAUAACGAUCUGGAAACAGAGCAACGCAGUGAAUCACACAAGGCAAAAACGCAGGUAUAUUAUUUGCAGGAAAGUUGCUUUUUAUACAGUACCAUUUACACGUAACGUUGAUUAAAUUUUAAAAAUGUUUCCAGCAUAUGGCAAGCGUAGAGGAAGAACUGAAUCGUGUUGGCGAAGAGUCAAGAAUGAAAAUACGACAGUUACAGAAGAAAAUACGCAGGCUUCAAGAAACCCACGCAAAAUCCAAGCAAGAUUAUGCAUUAAAAGUGUUCGCAUUAAAAGACGAAAACAGGAAGUUGAUGGAAACGAACGAAGCCUUAGAAGAUCGUUUACGGCUUCAGGCAGGAGGAAACUCGGACGAAAAUAGUGGCGAAACAAGACCAAAUGAUAGCGAUGAGGAUAACCCAUGCACUCCACGUAAUCAACUAGUUAUUCAACUAUCCCAGCAGGUCACAACACUGCACGUUGAGAACCAAGAAUUGAGACAAGAACUUGAAAAAACAAAGCAAUUGCUUCAAAAACUACAACCAAAAGAACGAAGGAUUAGGACUAGAUCCAGAACGACACACGAACGACAACAGCUGUGUGUAAACAUGACGGGUUUAGAUGUGGGCAGCUCACAAUCAAAAGUGGAAUUACGUGGAUGAAAUAAACGCUGUUUUGCGAAAUGUAGAAUGAAUAUUUGCAGAAAUUAUGUUGAUAUUGCUAAGAAUUUGUAUGAAUAGAAAAAAUAUAUUUUUGCCAGAGUUUUUUAAAUAGAUCAA